GUCUCCAGCUCCUCUACAACAGAAAGGAUGCCACACGCCUACCCGUUCCUCACUCCAGAGCAGAAGAAAGAGCUCUGUGACAUUGCUCAGAGGAUUAUUGCCCCUGGGAAAGGCAUUCUUGCUGCCGAUGAGUCCACAGGAAGUGUUGCUAAGCGCUUCCAGAGCAUUAACACUGAGAACACUGAAGAAAACAGGAGGCUGUACCGCCAGCUGCUUUUCACCGCUGAUGACCGCAUCCAGCCCUGCAUUGGCGGGGUUAUCCUCUUCCAUGAGACCCUCUACCAGAAGACAGAUGAUGGCAAGCUCUUCUCCCAGCUUCUCAAAGAGAGGGGUAUGGUUGUGGGUAUCAAGGUUGACAAGGGUGUUGUCCCACUGGCCGGUACCAACGGAGAAACCACCACCCAGGGUCUGGAUGGGCUGUAUGAGCGUUGUGCUCAGUAUAAGAAGGACGGUGCAGACUUUGCUAAGUGGCGCUGUGUACUGAAGAUCACACCCACCACCCCAUCCCGCCUGGCCAUCAUUGAGAAUGCCAACGUUCUUGCUCGCUAUGCCAGCAUCUGCCAGAUGCAUGGCAUUGUCCCAAUUGUGGAGCCAGAGAUUCUGCCUGACGGUGACCAUGAUCUCAAGAGAUGCCAGUAUGUGACAGAGAAGGUCCUUGCAGCUGUGUACAAGGCCCUGUCAGACCACCAUGUCUACCUGGAGGGAACCUUGCUCAAGCCAAACAUGGUCACUGCUGGACACUCCUGCUCUCACAAAUACUCUCCCCAGGAGGUUGCCAUGGCAACCGUCACUGCCCUGCGCCGCACUGUGCCACCCGCAGUCCCUGGCAUCACCUUCUUAUCAGGAGGCCAGAGUGAGGAGGAGGCCACAGUCAACUUGAACGCUAUGAACCAGUGCCCCCUGCACCGUCCCUGGGCCCUUAGCUUCUCCUAUGGCCGUGCCCUGCAGGCCUCUGCCCUCAAAGCUUGGGGAGGCAAGAAGGAAAACGGCAAGGCCUGUCAGGAGGAAUUUGUCAAGAGGGCGCUGAACAACAGCCAAGCAGCCAUAGGUAAAUAUGUUUCUACAGGUGAUGCAGGGGCAGCUGCAGGAGAGUCCCUGUUUGUGGCAAACCAUGCUUAUUAG